UUUGCCUUUAAUCUGAAACAAUUAUUAUUAAAUGAAAAAAUUGUGUCCACUAUAAUCUUAAAUCAAAAAAUGAUUUUGUGCAAGAUAAAAACAUUUCGUCCAAUAUUGUUAAUGGAAAGGAGCCGUAUUUUGAGCUACCGCAAUCCUCUCGUUCGGAAUUUUAAUAAUGUACAAGCUCAAAAACUUGACACUGAGAAAGAAGUAGCACAUCAUGGAAAUUUGGCCGAUACGUGGUGGAACGUCGAUGGACCAAUGCGUGCAUUGCACGCAAUGAACACUAUAAGAGUUCCUUUUAUACGAGACGGUCUAUUAGCUCGUGGUGAUAUCAGUAGCGAACUUAUUAAUACUGCUAAUGUAUUAAAAAAUCAAAAAAUUUUGGAUGUCGGUUGUGGAGGAGGUAUACUUUCAGAACAAUUGGCUCGUCUUGGUGCAUUUGUAACGGGCAUUGAUUUGGGUGAAGAACUUAUAAAGGAAGCAAAAAAUCACUUGCAUAAACAUAGUACUGAACUUUCCAAACGAAUUGAAUAUAAAGUUGAAGAUAUAGCUGUUCACGCGCAAACACAUAGCGACAAUUAUGAUGCUGUAAUAUUGUCAGAAGUAUUGGAGCAUGUUAGUGAUAAAGCUGCCAUGCUUACAUCUUCCGUUCAUGCUUUGAAGCCUGGAGGCUCUUUAUUUAUAACGACAAUUAAUAAAACAGUACCCAUGUGGAUUGGUUCUAUACUUUUAGGAGAAUAUGUACUCAAAAUAGCUCCCAAAGGAACACAUCAUUGGGAUAAAAUGGCGUCACCCAUAGAAGUUCAACGUAUUUUAGAUGCUCUUAAUUGUUACACGGUGGUAAUAAAUGGUAGUACCUAUGAUUUUUGGAGCAACACAUGGCGUUGGAUAAAUUCUACCAAUUUAUGUUUUGCUAUUCAGGCUGUGAAAGAGAACUGCUAAAAACUUUACGUUCAUAAUGCGCAAAUGUCUAUUUUAAAAAUAUGUAGAACUACAAUAUUAUACAUCUAAGUAAGAAUUUAUUUACAUAAAAUUUUAA